AUGAGUGAUAUAGCGUUAUCAAAGAUCGGUGGUCUAAUCAAAACUGAAGAUGAUUUAUCUAAAAUAGAAUUAAUACGACAGCAAUUUGCUAAAGAAAAAUCAGCAAUUGAUGUAAAAUUAUCAACUUCAACUCAAUUACAAAUUGAUUCAAUAAGAGAUAAUGUAGCUCAAUUAGAUAAUACAAUGAAAAAAAUGAUUGAUAUAAAAGGAAGUGUUUCUAAAAUAAAACAAAUUCAUAAUGAAUCAAUAACAUCUGUUAAAGAUUAUGAAAUAAUUCGGAAGAUGACAACAAUAAAUCAAUCACUUAAUCAAAUUUCAAGUUUAUACAAUGACAUUAAAAAUCUCAAACCAUUAUUAAAAGAAUUAAACACUGAUAUAACAAAAGAAUAUGAAUCAAUUAACAAUGAUUUACUUUAUCCAUUGCCAAACCUCCUACUCAUUCAUUAUAGAUAUACUCAAAUACGAAAUUUUCAAGAUUAUCUUGAAUUUUAUACAAAAUCAUUAUCAGAUGAUUUAAGAUCAAUUGUUUUAAAUAUUAUAUCAAAUGUGAAGGACACAAUUAAAUUAUUUGAUGAACUACUUAAUGAAUGUAUAAUGUCAAUUACUGAGACUGCAAGAGAUAAUAAUUACUCAUGUUUAUAUAAUGUUAUUGGAAUUAUAAUUUGGGAAGAUCAACAAGAUAUAAAAUUAGACCUCAUGAAUGAUUUAAGCUUAGCUAAAAGUGAUAUUAAUCAAGAUUAUAAAAAUUUUAGAAGUAAGAAAAGAAACUACAAGAGAUUUUUUUUUGAAAAAUUUAAAAUAUCAUUAGAAUCUCAAUUUAAUGAAUGUAUUAAUUUUUAUUCUAAUGAUAAAAUUGCAUUAUAUGAUAAUUUACAAUGGUUAGAAGAAGAAAUUAUAUUCAUUCAUCAAAUAUUAGAUCCAUUGUUUCCCAAAAAUUGGAAAAUUGAUGAAUUUGUUCAAAAAGUUUAUUAUGAUAAGUUACAUAAUUUUACAAUGGAAAUGAUAAAUUUAGAACCUCCAGCUGAAGAUAUUUUGAGAAUAUUACUGUAUGAUAAGAAAUUUGAAACUUUCAUAAAACAAUGUGAUGGUAAAACAACUUCUAUAAUAGGUGAGGAUUUAAAAAAUUCAGUUCUAGAAGAUUAUUUAAAAUCAAUAACCACUAAAAUGAAAGAAUGGAAUGAAAGUCUUAUUAAGCAAGAAACUAAAUUUUUUACUGAAAGAAAUAAAGCUCCGGAUGUUUAUCCAUUUGAACAAACUAUUGAAGAAGAAGAUAAUUUUAAUAAUAUUACUGAAAUUGAUAUUCAAAUUCCUGCAUUUGUUUUACCUGAUUUUAAAACUCCUUUAAAUAUGUUAAAACAACAAGCAGAUGUUGCAGCAGAAUCACAAUAUUCAAAAAUCUUGGUUGAAGUUAUUGAAAGUUGGUGUCAAUGUACAAAUAUAAGAAUGGAAAAUUUUAAAAUUAUAAUUGAUGAAGAAAAUGAUAGAUAUUUUACAAUUUUUAAUAAUGAAAAAUUUUUGAUCAAUCAAAGUAAAGCAAAGAGAUUAUUUACUAAGAAACCAACAGUUGUUAAUGUUGAUGAAUUAACACCAGAAGAACAAAGAAACAUUUCAAGAGAAGGAUUGAUUGAGUACCUUGUUGCAUUAGCAAAUUCUCUCGAAAUUAGCAACGAAAUAGUCAAUGACAAAUUUAAAUCAAAUUAUCUUGAAAAAGUUCAUUCAAAUUAUCAUCAAAGAAUUUCCACAGCUUUUGAAAACACCACCGAAACAUCAAUUGAAUUAUCUAUAAAAAUUUCAAAUUCAAUUUGUAAAAUUAUUAUAAAUGAUUUAUAUCCAGAGUUGGGUAAAUUAUUUAGUAAAAAAUGGUUAGAAGAUGGUCAAAAACAAACAGGAGAAAUUAUGAUGGCUUCAUUAAUUUCUGAAACUAUUGCUGAAUAUAUGAGAGAAGUAAGAUCAUAUUCAGUUUAUACAAUUUAUAAAGAAUUAUUUCAACUAUUAUUAGAUAAUUUUGUUUGUUCUUAUUUAAAAAUUGGAUUUGAAAAUAUUUUAUAUGGAGAUGGUAAAAAAAUAAAUCCAGAAACAACAGGAUAUAAAUCAUUUGCAUCAAGAAUAAGAUUAGAUGCAGAAUUAAUUUUUGAAGGAUUACAAGAUUUAUUUACAAAAAAAGAUUUAAAAUAUUUAUUUACUUCAUUAUCUGCUAUUGAAAAAAUUGGAGAUUUAUCAACUUGUCCUGAUCCAAUGCAUAAUAUUCCUGCAAUAUGGUCUUCUGAUAUUUUACCUGUUUUCUAUGAUUGUUCAAUUGAUUAUAUAAAAGCAAUUGUUUAUUGUAGAAAAGAUAUGGAAAAAUCUCAAUGGAAAGAAUUAGAACCAAAAUUAAUUGAAUUGAAAAAACAAUAUCAUUCUGAAGUUGAAUCACCUAAUUUUGCUGUACUUACGCUAGAUAAUUUUGAAAUAAAUAUAUAA